GACUGCUGCCAUAUUGGAGCCGCUGGUGGCGGAGCUCCUCGGAUACAGCAGACGGAAUAUUGCCAAACAGUGGAGUUCUAAGCACUGAUACUGAAUCGGGCCGACGAAGCCAGCAUUUUAAGGACAGAAUCGACCGUUUGGACCGAACAUGGUGCUGUUGGCAGCAGCGGUGUGCACCAAGGCAGGUAAGGCCAUUGUGUCGCGGCAGUUUGUCGAGAUGACACGGACGCGCAUCGAAGGCUUGCUGGCAGCUUUCCCCAAGCUCAUGAACACGGGCAAGCAGCACACGUUUGUCGAGACGGAGAGCGUGCGCUAUGUUUACCAGCCUUUGGAAAAGCUGUACAUGGUGCUCAUCACAACCAAGAACAGCAACAUCCUGGAGGACCUGGAAACGCUCAGACUCUUCUCCCGUGUGAUCCCUGAGUAUUGUCGAGUUCUGGAGGAAGGGGAGAUCUCGGAGCAUUGUUUUGACCUCAUCUUUGCCUUUGACGAGAUUGUAGCUCUGGGCUACAGGGAGAACGUGAAUUUGGCUCAGAUUCGCACCUUCACGGAGAUGGACUCCCAUGAGGAGAAGGUGUUUCGUGCAGUUAGGGAGACUCAGGAACGUGAGGCAAAGGCAGAAAUGCGUCGGAAAGCCAAGGAGCUGCAGCAAGCACGUCGUGAUGCAGAGCGUUCUGGAAAGAAAGCGCCUGGGUUUGGAGGCUUUGGCAGUUCAGGCAUGACUAGCAGCAACUCGGCCACCAUUAUCACAGACACGCUUAUUGAACCCGAGAAGCCCAAGGUGGCAUCGGCACCCGCAAGACCUAGUGCUCCCAGUAAGGCUCUAAAACUGGGUGCCAGGGGUAAGGAGGUUGAUGAUUUUGUGGACAAAUUGAAGUCUGAAGGAGAAAACAUCAUGGUGCCCAGUGCAGGAAAGAGACCAUCUGAGGCCUCCAAAGUCCUUGCUCCCCCAGUCAACACGGAAAGCGUUCACAUGCGAAUAGAAGAGAAGAUCUCCCUGACUUGUGGGCGGGAUGGGGGACUACAGAACAUGGAAGUCCUGGGCAUGAUCACCCUAAGGGUAGCGGAUGAGAAGAAUGGCCGCAUUCGACUCCAUGUUAACAACAAUGACAAGAAGGGCAUUCAGCUGCAGACCCACCCCAAUGUGGACAAGAAGCUUUUCACAACAGAGUCCGUGAUCAGCCUGAAGAACCCUGACAAGUCUUUCCCCCUCCAUAAUGACGUGGGAGUGCUGAAGUGGAGGCUGCAAACCACAGAUGAGUCCCUCAUACCUCUCACAAUAAAUUGCUGGCCCUCUGAAAGUGGCACUGGCUGCGAUGUGAAUAUUGAGUAUGAGCUGCAAGAAGAAGGCUUGGAACUCAACGACGUUGUCAUUGCUAUCCCAGUUCCGUCAGGAGUGGGAGCCCCAGUGAUUGGUGACUUGGAUGGAGAGUACCGGCAUGAUGGCCGUCGCAAUAUCCUAGAGUGGUGUCUUCCUGUCAUCGAUGUCAAAAACAAGACGGGCAGUCUGGAGUUCAGUGUUGCUGGUCAGCCUAGUGACUUUUUCCCCAUCCAGGUCUCCUUUGUCUCUAAGAGCAACUAUUGUGACAUACAGGUUACCAAAGUGGCUCAAGUAGAUGGAGACAGCCCUGUGAGAUUCUCUAUGGAGACAUCCUUGGUCGUUGACAAGUAUGAGAUACUGUAAAGGAGAGGCCAUCGACCCAGGGGAGCAAGAUCAAUGAGGAGAAUUUGAUACUAGCCUGUUCUCAUACAGUACACCCAUGGAAGUGAGCUCUUCAUAAGCCCUCCUCUCUAUGGUGUACAGUAUUUGGUGUAUUUAUACCUUUAUAUGAUGAAAAGGAAACUAUGAAAUAUACAUGCUGCGUAAGAGUGAACAGGAAACAAGAAAAUGUGCUGCAUCAGCAAAGAGGGGACUGUAAAACAUAACCAGAUUGUGGGGGUUGUGAGGAUCACUCCUGAAAGUAAUGGGGGUUGGGGGGGCACUGGUGCUAAUGCAAAUGGGGCAGACUGGGUGCAACACGUUGUUCCCAGCGUGUGCCAUGCGGAAUCCGUUUUAAGGGAAACAAAAUUACCAGUCACUACAUUCUCCAAAUUCUCUAACUCUCGCUUUGGUCGGAAAGCAUUAAAAAAAAAUCACGCGCACAUGUUUCACCAGACACAGCCCUCAGGCAGAAAGUGGCCUCAUUUAAGCGAGUUGUGCCCUCCUAAGGUAAACAUAUGAUGUUACUGUUAAAACACUACAGUGAAUAUGGUGACUAGGACCUGUACUAGAAUAUGUGCUGCCUCACUCUGUUGGAUAUUACCAGACUUCAGAAGCUGUUUCUAGGGUGCUCGCAAAAGUUGUGUUCCUUCUGUGUAAAUAAUCUGACCUACCGAGACUUGAGUGUCUGUUUAGCUUUUUAAAGCAAAAAGAAUUCUCAAGUAGUGCUGUAUAUAUUAUGUUUGUUAAAUAUAACAUCUUGUUAAAUUUUAGUUCUUUUAAAAUGGCCUGUGUGCAAAAUUCUUCCUUUGAAAUAGUUUUAUAUAGGGGAAAUUGGGAAAUAAGCAAAUUGCUGCAAUGAUUGACAUCAGAAAAGUUGCUUCAUAUAGGUGAAGAAUCAUUGCUGUUGGUCUAAUUUUGGGCUGAUUUCAGUCUUUCCACAAGCUCUUGAUGGUCCCUUUGUACUUCUUUAUGGUAUCCUAAUCAAAAUAGAUUCAGUAUGUGUAUUUUAUUCCUGGUUCACCUCCUUGAAAAAUUAACUUUCCAGCAGAGCUUGUUAUACCUAAAUCUCAAAAUUUUAAGCUUUAGGACUUAAUGUGAAUUAAAUGGCCAUCUGUAGUCCGUUGGGUCUGGAUGUCUGAGUAAAUUAAAUGACCUUCAGGAUAGACCGCGUUACAUGUCAGUCGUCAUUCACGAACAUCAUACAAGUGUGAUUGGACAUAUAUCAGAUGCGGCAUCUGCUCCUUUUCCAAGAUAUGAAGUUCAAAAAGCCUGUCGUGUCUGUUUUUUUCAACACGUGUUAGGCAAGUAUUACGAGGGUAAAAGUAAUUUAAAUACUGUGCCACUUUUAAAGCAUCUGUGCAAGUUUUCAACUGCUGUGAACUGGUAAUUUCAUUUUAAGCAUCUAACAAAAAUCGUUUGCCUUUUCAGUAUCAGAAUGGUUUUCCAUAUUUCCCUUGCACCCAACUCAAAAGUAUAGCACUCAACCAGAAUUUCCCAGCUGAUCAGUGUAUAUCCUAAGGUAAUUAACAGCACAAGUCGAUGAGGCACUUUCUCAUGCAGAACACGGGCGACUAGUGCCUCCGAAAUCUGCCCCAGGCCCAUGGCCCCACCCAACCUCCCCAUGUCUGGUGAAUAGCAACACACCUCAGCACCUGUUCCGUUGACUUUGUUCAGAGUUGUUUUAGCGCUGAUUGUCAGUCUAGUUGGAGGAACUAUAUGAAAAUGUUUGUUUGUAUUUUCAGAAUGUUGGGGUUUGGGAUAGUGCGUGGACAGCGCUGGGGCAGUGGAAGGUUAAUUUGAAUCUUUUGUUACCCUGUAAAAGAUAGUGGGAUAUUAAUGACAUUCCAGUGUAAAAAUAAGUUUAAAAGUGUAUAAUAAAACCUCAUAGAGUAA